CGCAGUUUGUCCUUAGAAUCAGAAGCAGUGAGUGAAUAGAAAGAAAGCCUCGUCUAGUAAACCCAGUUUUUACAAAGUUAACAUAACAAAAUAAAUCACCAACCAUGUCUAUCAUCCCAAACUUGUUCGGUGGUCGACGAAGCAACGUCUUCGACCCAGUUUCUCUGGACGUGUGGGACCCAUUGGAAGGGUUUCCGUUUUCCACAGCCAACGCUGGCGAAAGUAGUGCCAUAGCCAACACUCGCGUGGACUGGAAGGAGACACCGCAGGCUCACGUGUUCAGCGUUGACCUUCCCGGGUUGAAGAAGGAGGAUGUCAAGGUCGAAGUUGAAGACGGAAGGGUGCUGCAGAUUAGUGGUGAGAAAACCAAAGAACAAGAACAGAAAGAUGAUAGGUGGCACCGCAUUGAAAGAAGCACUGGGAAGUUCAUGAGGAGGUUCAGGCUUCCCGAGAAUGCUAAAAUGGAUCAGGUCAAAGCUGCUAUGGAGAAUGGGGUGCUGACUGUUACUGUGCCCAAGGAAGAACAGAAGAAGCCUCAAGUCAAGUCUAUUCAAAUCUCUGGUUAAAUCUUUUGAUUGCUGUCUCUUAUUCCAAACAAGUGUGUUGUGUUGUGUUGUGUUAUGUCUUUUUGUAUGCUGUUCUCUGCAUGUGUUUGUGUUGUGUAAUGUAUUGUGGUUUGUGUGAGGGUUUAAUAGAAGGGAAGUUGUUGUGAAGUUUUCCGUUAAAAUGCAUCAAUAAAUUGAUAUUGCUUUAUCCCGA